GCCGGAAACAAAAGUGAUGAACAAAGCCUAAGCACAUUUCACAAGAAUUACACCCAGAGAAUUCAAUUCAAGGGAUGGCGCAAUGAAAGGGUUAUUCAAAUGCCUAAUGGUGAAGGGGGUCGUGUUAUUUUGGUGUCAAAUUCUGAUACUGUUGCUUCGGAGAAAUAAGGUCCAGGACGUUGUAAACAUGAUGGAGAUUGAGCUUGGGGAGGGAUGGAUUUUUCAUAAGUUCUGUAAGAGCGUUGUUGGCGGUGUAGUUGCCGAACCCAUAGAGGAAGCAUUCAGAGUCGUGUCAUGCUGGGUCAGUGAAAGAUGUAAUGGAGCUGAAGGAAAGAAAAGAAGAUCAAGCUCAACCACACACCAGUUCGGAAACAUAAUCUUGCAAAGGGAAGUUGACAAAAGAGCUCCUGAGCAAUCUGGGUCACUCCCACCAACAGUAGAAGAGACACAACUUAAAGAAUCAAUCAAUGAUGUACUUAAGAAAUCUGCCUCAACGAAUGAAUUGAAUGCAUUGCUAAGAGUAGAAUCUCCUCUCCCUGGAAAAGUUCUCAAUAAGAGAAGCUAUGCACGGUUCCAUUUGGAGCUAGGCCAAUUUGAUUUUCUUCUUCACACAUGUUCCUCCCGUGGGCACAAGUAUGCUGCCGGGGAUGAAAGUGAUGACAAAAACCAUAGCAUAUGUCACAAGAAUUACACCCAUGGAAUUCAAUUCAAGGGAUGGUGCGAUGAAAGGGUUAUUCACAUGCCUAAUGGUGAAGGGGAUCGUGUUAUUUUGGUGUCGGACUCUGAUCCUGUUGCUCAGAGGAAUAAGGAUAUGUUGUAUUUCCAGGUCCCGAAGGUUGUAAACAUGAUGGAGAUUGUGCUUGGGGAAGGAUAAAUUUUUCAUAAGUUCUGCAAGGUAAGCUGAUUCUAUUAAUGUUAUUAACAAGCCAAGGAUGGAUGUAUGUAUGUCUACAUGUUAGAAAAUUUUUAAAUUUGGCACUUCUCCAAACAUGUUAGAACAUCUGAAAGUGAUUUGUAGUUAUUAGGCUCAUCUUGGUUACUUCCUCCUGGUGCUUGGGCACCACAUUGCUUCUUUGAUGCUGGUUCAGUAAUUCCAUUACGGUGAGGAAAAAACUACCUCUUCUGAUCUGUGAAGGCCUUGAGCGCAAGCCUGCAGCAUUUAUACAUGCUUCAGAAUUAACAUCUAUAAAUAGUAUCCGUGUAUGCUAAUGGCUAUGAACCUGGUCCUGUCAACAGCAGAUGCACCAGCCUGCCCUGCAAGCUGCCUCUUUCAUGCAUAACCAACCGCUGCACCAUCAGGACACACAAGCGGCAUAUGCAACCCCCAAGAAUUACUUCUCGACUUUAGGGAUUCAUUUAGCAUUCCCGAUUCGUCCAGCUGCUUUCCUAAAUAAAUUGUUCAGAAUCUA